AUGGAGAAAAUACCGCAAGUAUUAACCAGCGCAGCGAAGAAAGCGGCCAGUCUUUCAGUGGAGGAGUUGUGGAAACUGCAGACGACUAUCUGGGACAACUUCUUGUACCCAGCCAAUGUCAAGCAAAUCCAGUCUAUCAACUCCACGCUUUUUGCGCCGAAUAUCCAAGGUCGUGUCGAUAUCACGCGCACCUUUGACGGCGCAGAGCUCAACACGGAGUACAUUUUCGGACUCUUCGCGGACCCAACGAAGCUCUCCCUGAUCGGUGUGCCCGUUUCGUACAACAUCACCAAGUUCGCUGCGACGGACAACAUCGUGUCGGCGAGCACCGUCUUCAUGUUCAACGCGACCAUGUUCGGCAAGCUGAUCCCCAUCACCAUCGACACGUUCACCACGUUCGACCCAGAGACAAAGCAGCUCACGCAGUACGACGCGACGUUCAAGUGGAUGGACUUCCUCUUCGCCGAGCUCUACGCCGAGAUCGGCACGCUCAUUCACGCGAACUCGACCGACCAGGUUGAUGCUUACCUGACGAACAUCAUGGCGCAAACCCUGUGCGAGGCGCACUCCGCCCACUGCACAGGCGCAGACCAGCAGUAUGCGGACGCAACCAGCUGCUACAACUACCUCACUACUCAGGUCCGGCUCGGUCAGGUCUAUGAGUUGGGGCGGAACACGCUGUGGUGUCGGUUGAUGCAUGCGGAAAUGCUGCAGUACCGGCCUUCGGUCCACUGCCCUCAUGUCGGCCCUUCGGGAGGAGGCAUGUGCGUCGAUGAUCAGACGUAUGCCGAGAAGGUGCUCCAGAACUAUUUCACGAAUAGUCCAUUCAUCCCAAGCCUGUAA